CUUCUAACAUUCGGUGAGGUUUACUAAGCAAAGAUUUGAGCCGGCCACUUUCAGUCGAUUGUGUGAUUCGUGGCUUAACGGACGUAGAACAUCCCUCCCCGAAUACGCUGACGGAUUAUUUCUAGUGAAAACUUCAACACCAUGGGGUGUCGAAAUAUUUCUGUUGUGAUGGUAAUUUUCAUCCUUGCGGCGCCCGCUCUUUCUUGGCGAAUGUAUCGCCUCCGUCGAAGCAUCGAUCUGUCCGCUACUAAUCCGUUGAUACCCGAUAGCAAACUGCCGACUGAGCUGGUCCCGAUGAAUUACACCCUUCGGUUAGAACUCAACGUGGAACGACUCACGUUCGAGGGCUAUGUUAAGAUCGCAAUGACGUGCGUCAAACGGACAAACCAAAUAAAUCUUCACGCUCACCAGGAUUUGCACAUAGACGAGGAAAGUAUGGAAAUCUGGCGGCACGGAGACGACGGAGAGAGGCAUUUGUUGAAAAUCCGUCGUAUAGACAGAGUCCCUAAAAAGCCGCUGCUGGUAGUGUAUUUCCACGACGAUUUCGUCGUCGGGGGUUCGUACGGAGCACGGGUUCCAUUCAAGGGAGGGAUAUGGGAGAACACGGAUGGACUGUUUCAGGGUAAAUACACACUGUCGGAUGGAGAGCAUCCGCAAGAGCACCAAUACUUUGCGACACAUUUCCGACCGCACAAUGCGCGCCGUGUUUUCCCAUGUUUCGACGAACCAAGCUACAAGGUACCCUUCAAAGUGUCAAUCGUUAGACCGAAAGGAUACCAUACGCUGUUCAACACGGAACUCGAAUCUACCGAACCCGCGGAAGAUGACCUGGAAGAAGAUCACUUCAAGGUGACUCCUCCCAUAUCCACCUAUAGCUUAGGAUUUGUGGUGUCCAAUCUGUCGGAAGUAAAAUGCUCUGAAGAUGGCGCGAGUUCUGAGUCCCCCAUUGUAAGAGUUUGGGCCCGACAAGAGCUACAAGAACCGAUGCAAGAUGUGCAGAAAAAGAUAAAGAGAGUGUUGGACUAUCUGGUCGAUUAUUGGAACGUGAGCUAUCCGUUGACCAAGCUGGAUAUCGUGGCGCUGCCCAACUUCUCGGCUGUGAAGCCUGCUGACAACUGGGGAUUGAUUGUAUUCAAAGAAUAUGAGCUACAGCACGGAUACUACGGUAUCGCACAGGAACUAGUCUACCAAUGGCUGGGAUCAUGGGUAACACCGCGUUGGUGGAGUGAUGCUCACGUUAAUAAGGCGGUUGCUGGAUUCCUUGCUGCAUCGGCGGCCAUUAGCAUUGAUAGUGGGGUGGAGUUCGAAGGUAAAUGGCCUAUGACUACUCUGUAUUCAAUUUAUUACGAGUUCAGCAAACGCUAUCCCCAUUCACGCAUCACCGCCAUGAAGCAGGAAACCACAUGUAGCAAAACAGAGCUGGUUCUUCGUAUGCUCAAUUUUACGCUGGGGGCGGAUACAUUCAAAAAGGGCUUGCAGAAAACCAUUGAACACCGAGAGUACAAAACCUUUGUUAGUAACGAUAUUUGGGAGGCUCUCACAAAACAAGCUCAUCUAGAUAAUCGACUGUGUGAAUCGGCCAGUGUGAACGAGAUCGUCGAUUCGUGGAUCACGCUCGAUCGUAUACCAAUGGUGACCGUGAUCAGAUCGUAUGCCAAAGGGACGGCCACCGCAACCCAAAAGCUGUACCUUCGAGAGCGUCCCCAUGACGUUCCGGAUCAGGAGAAAAUGUUGUGGUGGAUACCGUUGGUGUUGAUGAGACAAGAUCGUUUGAAUUUCGCCAACACAAGUGUUAGCAAAUGGAUGAAGAAAGUGAAGGAGGUAGAACUGGAGAAUUUACCCGAUGCGAACAACUUCAUAAUCGUAAACCCGGAGGAGAUAGGUCCCUUUCCGGUGAAUUAUGAUCAGCAUAACUGGAAUUUAUUGGCAAACUAUUUGCUGACGGAGGAGGGACGAAUGAAGAUUCCGGUGUAUACGAGAGCGAAACUUCUUCACGAUGCUUGGAACUUGGCCUACGCCGGAGAACUCAGCUUCGCUACAGCUUUCAACAUGACUUUAUUCAUCCAAUACGAGAGAAAUCAUUUAGUGUGGAACCCUGUUUUCACAUUCAUCGAUCACAUUGGUAGACACAUUGAUAUGUCAGCUGUUCAUAAGAAGUUCGAAAUUUAUGUGAGGACCUUGCUUACACCGUUGUAUGAGGGACUGAUGAACAACCAACACGAAGACGAGGACAAGUCGACGGGUAAUCUCCGUACACUGGCAAAAACUUUCCUGUGUAAAGCUGGGUACAAACCAUGUGUCGAGGAAGCUCAAAGUGUAUUCAAAAUAUGGAUGGACAGUCCGGAACCUGAUAAUGGAAACCCCGUGGCAAAUCAAUUCAUCUGCCCGGUGUUCGAGUGGGGUACCCAGGAGGAAUGGGACUUCGGGUUGCAACGGGUGAUGAACUUCCCAGAGUCUCGGAUGAAAAGUGAGCGUACGUAUCUGCUGAAGACUCUGGCCGGAUGUCCCGUGCAAGCAGCGAAGAUAAAUCGACUGCUCAACCUGACUGUUUUGGAGAACAAUGAAAAUUUCACAGAUAACGAUAUAAGUCUCAUACUGAAAAUGUUGUCCGGCAGCUCACACGGUUACAUGGUGUUAUUCAAAUUUCUCCAGCAAAAUUGGGAUACCCUCAAGCUGAGAUACAAAGAUCGUGAAGCCCUGUGGGACAACCUGAUCAGUUCCGCUACGGGGCUUUUCACAACACAGGAGGGUUACGACAUGGUUUCCCAAUUGUACGUCCAACACCAGGGCGAGUUUGGAACGGCGGAGCACAUAAUAGAGAAAUCGCUGAAGAACAUCAAGGAGGAAACCAAGUGGAGCAAUGAAAAUCUGCCAGUUAUCGAGGAAUGGCUCGAUAACCUCCUGAGCCACAACCAAGCGAACGGGGAUAAGUUUAUGGAUCAAUGAAGUUGUGAGACCUGUUUGGGGGUAUUGCUCUUUCGAUGCUCUUUCAGUGUUCCGAUGUGGGAUGCAAUGCAGUUCCAAUAUUAACUUCAAAUAAAGAAAUGUAAUAAAUGGGUGUCAACAUCAGGUAUGACAACUGGUGAUGUAAAAACAUGAUUGUAUGUAUAACGAAUAGAAUGUCCUACAUUUAUCGAUUUUUCUAAAUAAAACUUUGUUUUAUGUUGGAAA